AUGCGAUUUUGGCCCAGUGCUGCUUUCUCUGUGGCUCUCAUGUUGCACGUGGCUAAUGGCGCUAAAAUUACAAACAGCUCGACUCCAGUUCGCACCAACAGAAAUGGUGAAACAAUUGUAUGCAACCAGUACAUUGGACAGGGAGUUGAAACUAGCGAUGCUAUCAAGAAACUUGAUGAAAAGUUAGACCAGCUAAUUAAACUGCUACAGCCCCCUGCUUUUCCAGGUAAGAUGCAUUCAACUAUAGCUUCUAAUUUUCAUGACUUCAUCUACGAAAGUUUACAUUUUCUAUGUUAUACUAGUCAAUUUAGCAAUAAGUGCAAGGAAGUAGCGGGCAAAAGCAAACAUGACGACUAAGGCAAUGAGAACGUCAAAAGCAAUUGGUUUUAUGAGCAAACAAAUUGCUCUGCACGUGCAUCACAUUUUUUGGUAUCUUUUUAUCGACGUCCACGGCUCCAGGAUAACAAAGAAAAGAAACCCUGAGCGCUUACCAUUUGUAUGGAAAAACCCGGAAAUUCCGGGGAGAAUUCAAAUGGAACGGUUCAUCCUGGUGGAAAUAUUCCGGAAAAAAAGUAAUACCUUUCAAGGUAUUACCUUUUUCCCGUUUUUACCGAAACGACCGAAAUUUUCUGUACCAUUUAUCUGAAUUACUAGUCCCAGGCUUCAUGUCGAGAGAAAGAGAAAAAUCUACCGGUAUGUUGUAAAUGGUACAACUCAAUCCCGUUCCUGUUUUCGGCACCAAAAAAAAUACAAGUAACAUUUGACGGAAACUUUUCACCGAAAUUUCCGUACAAAUGGUAAGAGCUGCCUGAGUACAAUUUACACAAAGGAGCACAAAAUUUCCAAAAAAAAUCAAAUGGUUCACGACAUUCCGUUUACCAAAGCUUCAGAAGAUGUCGACUGUCGUUCGAGGCGAUGUACGGUUUUUCUACUCAUUUUAGUAGCUUUAUCUGAUUUGGCGACACUUUGAAGCGGCUCUUCUAUCACAAGGUCAUAUUAAAGUCCAUCACUGUUUUUAUCGGAUGAUGAAAAUCACCAAGACCGAGGCAGUGUUAUCCCGUUUUCCUAUUCUUCGGAAUCUUUGACACUUUGACUUUAGGUCCUCAUUCGAACAACAGUUAGCACAAAAUGGUCACAUGACCAUGCUGGUCACAUGGUCAGUGGUCAUGUGACCUACUGCAGUCGCCAUUUGGACAAAGACAACGAUGUUGAUGCUGUCGAAACAUCUAUUUAAAAAGAUUUACCUUGUUUAAAAAAAUUAUUUUUUCUAGGAUACACUGUACCUAAUAUCAUUGCCUUACUUCUUACAGCUUCAACGUGCAAAGACGUUUAUGAAAAGAAUUUGUAAGUACAAGCGAUAGAAAAUAACCUACUAUAAAAAGACACUCAGCCGCAAAUUUUGAAAUGUACUUUUAAAAUCUCUGAGCGUUCCCAACUAAAAUUGCUAAAAUUUCUUCUUAAUUUUCUCUAUCCAUUUGCAAGUUAAAUACACGAAAAUCGCGGAAGUGAACGUUGAGGAGAUUUUCUGGAUAACAAAACAAGGUAAUUGCUAUAAAAUCAGUAUUAUUUAUAUUAAAAUGACAAAAAUAGCAGUAAAUCAAAUACUUAAACACGGAAGGUCGGUAAUAAACGAAGAAAAGAAACUUAAUGAAUUUAUUCAGGAGUGUUCGCUAUGGUCAAGUGUUUUUUGGAGUCAGUGAAAUGUACUAAAUCUCUGAAUUAUAUAAAAAUUGGAGUUCCUGAUGUUUACACAAGACUCUGGACUUAUAACAGAAUCACUGCGGAUAAAACCAUUUUCAAAAGAUUGUAAAGAGCAAUCAGUGAAGAAGGUCGAUUGCCUAGUGUCAAAUGUGUGCACGACAGAAGCAAGUUUCAAUUGUCAUCCCUUCACUUCUAACUACCCGCUCAAUUUAUCUCCUUCGUAAAUAUUUUUUUCGGUGAAUAAAGGCAUUCUAUCUAGUCUACAAAACCUCAGAGCUAAAGACAAAUGCCAAACGGCAGUGUAAUUUAUAAGUUGUAAAAACAAUCCAAUAACGUAACGGUCACAUAAAAACAAGGAAAUAAAGAAGGGUUUUUGAUAUCCAGUUUUCCUAGGCUUUGCACAAACAUUUCCUAACGUCGUUGCAGCUUCAGCUCAACUGCGUCGAUCCGUAUACCCAACUCCAAAACAUAUUCUCAUACCCGUAACAAAGAAAACCACACAUAAUUCUUAAUUCGCCACAUUUGUUAAGAAACUAGGCUGCUCUACAAAAAAGAAGCAGACUAUGUCAUUAUGAACGAAUUUAGCCAUUUUGGUGGCAUGUUUGUCUGACCAGGUCCAAAGGAAACACAGCGUAUUUGCUGGAUGUUGGGUCUACAAAGGUUCCCGUAUACUGUCACAUGACCACGCUUGGUCUUGAUGCAUGCGGAGGAGGUGGAUGGACGCUGGUCAUGAAGAUCGAUGACUCAAAGGUAUUAUCAGUAAAUUAUCCUCACAAGUAGCACAGUCUUUUACCACCUAACUGCCACUGUAAACUGAAGGUAAACUUUCAGUGCAAGUCAAGAGUCCAACGCAAGUGGAAAAAGGAAAUUAGUCUGCGUACUUUAAAAAGUGUCAGCUCAAUGAUGUAUCAUUUCACUGUAUUAGUACCAGACAAGGUACUAAGGAAAUAAUAUCUGAGGACAAGAUUAGUAAACUCCAAGAUGUGACUGUACCAUAUUUGUCGAACAGAUAAAAGAGCAAAGCGGUGGUACUUUAUAUAAAUGAUGUUUGUUUUUUUUUUGGUCAGGACGAUUGAUGGCUCAAAGGUAAUAAAAGUUAAAUGUUCAAAAGCUGAUUAACUAUGUGGUCACUCAUCAACAAGCUUACUCCCCCUAGUAAGGUAAACUUUUGAUGCUGGAGCAAAAUGCAAGGAGUCCAAUGCUUAUCUGUUUGAAGACUAGUACAUGAAAGACAUAUUCAGCUUAAGACAAAGUAUGAAGUGAGGCAGUAGUAAUAGACUAGACAAUACUAGGGAGCUGAAGCAAAGGCGUUUUUCAGUGACGCAAGUCAACCGGAAGUAAAGUCUUUUCCCUUUUAUUAUGCCUCAAACGCUACCAAAUUUGUAUUGCUAAGUGUGUUGACUCUGAGGGAGACCAUUUGCCCGAUAAUUUCGGCAAAACUACCGCCCAAGGAUGCAAAAGCUCUACUUCCGGUUGACGUGCGUAGCCGCUUAAAAACGCCUUUGCUUCAUCUUCCCAGUGAGACCAAUUGAAAGGACUAGACGUGCAUGGCUUUCAGAGAAUAUUUCAGAGCCCAAAGAGAUACAACAACAAACUGACAAACUACUCUUUGUUUCAAUUGCACCCAGAAAACCUUUCACUACAAUUCCAAUCUCUGGAGCAACAAAGUCGACUUCAACCUUCCAGGAGGGAAGACUGGGUUGGACACUCACGAGACCAAGUUACCGACUUAUUGGAACACACCGUUUAACAAGAUCUGUCUUGGAAUGAAGAUCGGUCAGCAGCUCAAGUCUGUCGUCAUCAACCAUCAAGCCAGAUCCCUGUAUUCACUGAUCGCAGAUGGCAAAUAUCGCGCCUCCUCACCGGGCCGUAACACGUGGAAGAAGCUCAUUGGGCCUCGCGCCUCUUUACAACCCAACUGUAACAAGGAAGGAUUCAACGUUCUAUGCACCGAUAGCAACCACUCCAAAGCGAGAAUUGGUAUCGUUGGUAACAACCAAAAUGUCUGUAGCAGUUGCGACUCCAGGAUCGGGUUUGGCACUGGAGGGCUCUUUGAUGACUACAACACGUGUGGCAACCAAGCUACUCACGGUGGAGAUAAUGGCGACCAGCACAUCAAAGCGAUGGGAUACAUCUUGGUUCAAUAA